AUGGAGUGGGUGAAAAGAAAGAUAAGGUUCUUGAAAAGGAGGAAUGAGAAAUUAUCGCCUUGGUAUAUUGAAAAUGGAGGCAAGCUGUUAGAAGGGCUUAUUGCUUCCUCUAAUGGUAAGUAUAAUAUUCCUUAUCGAGUCUUUACCGUUGAAGAACUUAAUAAAGCAACAAACGUCGAUUUCCCUAGUCUACGUUAUGGUGAUUCCAGAGCUGUUAUGGAGGAUGAAACUGGCAAUUACUUCAGCGGCAUUUUUCAGCAACGAGGAGCAGAUAGGCCAGACAUAAUCGAUGUGGCAAAAGAACUGGUAAGGAUUCAGAGGUCUGUUCAUCCAAUUUAG